AGCAAAUGCUACACAUGACUUUCUUACCACCAUGAUCCAAUGAAAUCUGCUUCUCAUCCAUCCAGUGUCGAAACCUGAUGUUUGGGUCAUCACAGAUAAGUGACAAGCAUGAUCCAGGAGAACAGUUGAUGGCUCCAAACACAGAUUCCCUUCUGCACCAUCUUCACAUGAAAUGGCCGGAGACGCCCCUGGAGGUUGGGAGCAAGAAAAGAAAGAAGUUAAACCCGCUGACCAAUGGAUGAAGUCGCCUCGCUAGCCGUCCAAUGAAGUCUCCAGUCAUCGUCUUGCUGUCCCCAUUCUCCUUCCUCAUCCCUCUGCAUAACCUCGAUCAUCUCAAACACCUCCACAUUCACCUCCUCCUCCUCCUCAUCCUCAGUCGCCUCGCUAGCCGUCCAAUGAAGUCUCCAGUCAUCGUUGGGGUGCCCCCACUCUCCUUCUUCUUCUCCAUCCAUCCGGUGAACCUCGAUCUCCUCGAACUCGAUCUCCUCGAACUCCUCAGCCCCCAGCACCUCCUCUACGGCCUCAACCUCCAGCACCUCCUCUGCCUCAGCCUCAAGCACCUCUUCUACGGCCUGAUCAGCAUCCACCGCCGCCAGCGCCUCAAGCGCCGCUAAUUCAGCUUCCUCUUCUUCUAAAUACAGGGUCAUGUUAUCUGGAAAAAAAGUCCAGUCCGAAUAAAUGAAAGCACAGGAUUUAUGUGAAUUCAGUCAAACAAGGCCCGGAUCCCUUACAACUUUUUAGAUAUAUUUUCCCGCAUACGUAAUCUAAAAACGAUCCGGACAUUGAAGACCGCGAUGGAAAAGAGUGCGAAGAAACGAAAUGAAUUGGGAUUAUUAAUCAUUAUCAGUUAUUUUUUGUUCAAUAUUAAAUCACGCGGGGCGUCGAAAUUUCGUUUAAGGAAUUAAAUAUGGUAGUUGAAUUCAUGUUAAUGAUAUGCCUUACCAAUAGCAACUUGUUUCUGCAAAGUCAUGCGUUAUGGUGUCAUCAUUAUGAAAGCCAAGAAUGAACUUUUAUUUGAUGUAUUCUUUUAAUCAUUAAUGAUCAUAACUCAUUCUCUGUCUUUUCAAAAUCAUUAUGAACCAAAUGUAGCAGCUCUCGACUUGUUUUUGAUAAUUAAUGUUUUUUCUGCCUGAGCUCCUACUGUCUUAAUACAGCCAUGCAUGAUUUAGUAAUCAUUAUUUUGAUGCCGUACGCUAGAAGAGAAAAAUUAUCUUUUCAAUAAUGUAUGCAUUAAAUGAAAACAUUAU